AUGCCAUAUGGCACGACCAGUCUGAUCCAAGGAUGGGGCUACUACAUGCACAACUUCUUCGACCUGAACAUCACGAACCUCGCGCGCGGAGGACGCAGCACCCGCUCCUUCAUCAACGAAGGACUCUGGGCUUCUCUGCUCGACCGCAUCGUUCCCGGAGAAGGCACGUUUGUCUUCAUCGAGAUGGGCCACAACGAUAACGGUGAUCCGAAGACGGACGUGAAGAAUCGAGCGACACUUCCUGGGAUCGGCCCCGAGAGCGUCGUGGUGGCUAGUAAUGCUACCGGAGGGACAACGGAAAGAGUAUACACGUUUGGCCACUACCUCCGGAGGAUGAUCCGGGACGUCAGACAGGCUGGGGGUGUUCCGGUGCUGAGUGGGAUGGUUCCAGUUAUGUCGUGGACGGAGGAUGUGCUUCGGCGGGAGUGGGCUUUUGCGGAUUAUGCCCGUGAGGUGGCCGAGGAAGAAGGGGUCGAGUAUAUCGAUCAUACGAAAUAUGCGGUGAACCGCUGGCAGGCUUUCGGGUCGCUCAAUGCUACCAUGCCGUAUUACCCCCUGAAUGACUAUACGCAUACAAGCUGGUCGGGAGCUGAAUUUAAUGCGGAAGCUCUUGUGACUGCUGUCAAGUGUGGCAAUUUCCACCGGUGGAAGUCGCAAUUGGCCUCGCACACUCCAGGACGAGCCUAUUCUUUGGACCGAUCGAUCAUGCCACGAUGCAGGUUUGGAUACUCCCCCGUGUGCUCACGAAUUCAAAAUGUUCCUAGAAAUAGAUCGAUAAAUGAGAGAAAGCAAGAAGAUUUUCUACUGGAGCGAGUUUUGCCCUUCAACCACAGCGUUGUAUGUCAUUCUCUUGCCUUUCGGAUAUCGCUACUGCGUGAAAUCUUCACAGGACUAUGGGAGGCGCUCAUUUGA